AUGAAUGAUGCCCCUUCCCCGGAGGAUGGGGCCUCGCCCUCCCCUCCCUCGUUGCCUCCACCGCCUCCCCCGUGUUGGCGGGAGUUCUGCGAGUCCCACGCCCGGGCAGCCGCCCUGGAUUUUGCCUGCCGUUUUCGCCUCUACCUGGCCUCUCACCCCCAGUACGCGGGGCCAGGGGCCGAGGCCGCCUUCUCCCGCCGUUUUGCCGAGCUCUUCCUGCAGCACUUUGAAGCAGAGGUGGCCCGGGCCUCCGGCUUCCUGUCGCCACCCCUCCGGGCUCCUCUGAGUCCUGGUGUGGAGGUCCCGCCACACGACCUGUCCCUUGAGAGCUGCAGGGCGGGCGGGCCCCUGGCUGUGCUGGGCCCUUCUCGCUCAUCUGAGGACCUGGCCGGCCCCCUCCCUUCCUCGGUCUCUUCCUCUUCUGCAACCUCCUCGAAGCCGAAGCUCAAGAAGCGCUUCUCCCUCCGUUCAGUGGGUCGCUCGGUCCGUGGUUCGGUCCGCGGCAUCCUGCAGUGGCGGGGGACCGUUGACCCGCCCUCUCCAGCGGGGCCCCUGGAGACGGCUUCGGGGCCCCCGGCGUUAGGUGGGAACAGCAACUCCAACUCCUCUGGCGGGGCUGGGACCGUCAGCAGGGGACUGGUCAGCGACGGGACGUCCCCCGGGGACAGAUGGACUCACCGUUUCGAGAGGCUGAGACUCAGUCGGGGAGGGGGGGCCUUGAAGGAUGGCACAGGCGUGGUGCAGCGGGAAGAGCUGCUGAGUUUCAUGGGGGCUGAAGAGGCCGCCCCUGACCCCGCCGGAGUGGGCCGGGGAGGAGGGGCAGCGGGGCCUACCUCAGGGGGCGGGGGGCAGCCUCAGUGGCAGAAGUGUCGCUUGCUGCUUCGAAGUGAAGGAGAAGGAGGAGGAAGUUGGCUGGAGUUCUUUGUACCCCCCAAGGCGUCUCGGCCUCGACUGAGCAUUCCCUGCUCCACCAUCACCGACGUGCGGACGACCACAGCCCUGGAGAUGCCUGACCGGGAGAACACCUUUGUGGUUAAGGUGGAAGGCCCCUUGGAGUACAUCCUGGAGACAGCCGAUGCGCUACAUGUGAAGGCCUGGGUGUCUGACAUCCAAGAAUGCCUGAGUCCGGGACCCUACCCUGCUACCAGUCCACGCCCCAUGACCCUCCCCCUGGCCCCUGGGACCUCCUUCCUGACACGGGAGAACACAGACAGCCUGGAGCCGCCCUGCCUGAACCACUCGGAGAGUCUGCCCAGCCAGGGCCUGCUGCUGGGGCCCAGUGAGAGCAGCAACCGCCUUUCGCAGGGGGCCUACGGGGGCCUGUCAGACCGCCCCUCAGCAUCCAUCUCCCCCAGUUCCGCUUCCAUUGCCGCCUCCCAUUUUGACUCAAUGGAACUACUUCCCCCAGAGUUGCCCCCCCGGAUCCCCAUUGAAGAGGGACCCCCAGCAGGGACCGUUCAUCCCCUCGCAGCCCCUUACCCACCCCUGGACACUCCGGAAACAGCCACAGGGUCCUUACUGUUCCAAGGAGAGCCAGAGGGAGGCGAGGGGGACCAGCCCCUCUCAGGGUAUCCUUGGUUCCACGGGAUGCUCUCUCGACUCAAGGCUGCCCAGCUAGUGCUGGCUGGAGGCACUGGCUCCCACGGGGUUUUCCUGGUACGUCAGAGUGAGACGAGGCGGGGUGAAUAUGUCCUCACUUUCAACUUCCAGGGCAAGGCCAAGCACCUGCGUCUGUCACUGAAUGAGGAAGGUCAGUGCCGGGUCCAGCACCUGUGGUUCCAGUCCAUCUUUGAUAUGCUCGAGCAUUUCCGGAUGCACCCCAUCCCCCUGGAGUCUGGAGGCUCCAGUGACGUUGUCCUUGUCAGCUAUGUCGUGUCCUCCCAGCGACAGCAGGAACCGAGCACCUCCCAUGACCCACCCCAGCCCCCUGAACCCCCUUCAUGGACAGAUCCCCCACAUCCUGGGGCAGAAGAGGCGUCGGGGGCGCCAGAAGUGGCGGCAGCAGCAGCCGCAGCAGCCAAAGAGAGGCAAGAGAAAGAGAAAGCGGGCAGUGGAGGGAUCCAGGAAGAGCUGGUCCCCGUGGUUGAGCUGGUCCCCGUGGUUGAAUUGGAAGAGGCCGUAGCCCCAGGCACGGAGGCCCAGGGAGUCGCUGGAUCUGCUGGGGCCCCUGGGGCGACCCUGAUGGUGCAGCUCCAGCAGUUACCACUAGGGGGCGACGGAGAAGAAGGGGGCCAUCCCAGAGCCAUAAAUAACCAGUACUCCUUUGUGUGA